AUGUCCAAAAGCAUCAAAUUUGGGGAAGCGGCAACGAAAGUUGCAUCGCUUUCUCCAUUCCAAUCCCAUGCGUCAUCCUUAUUAAAUGAACAACACUUUUAUCAAAACUCUAUACUUCUUGGUUGGUCCGAAAGAGAUGCCCAUCCUGUAACGUUAAGACAUCUGGCAAACUUCGGUAAAAAACUUACGAAAGAGAAGUUGAUAAGCAGUGCUAAUUUUGUCCGAACAGAGCUGCCUGUUAGGCUGAGCCUAAAAAUUCGAGAGCUGCAAAGUCUCGAUUACAGCGUAAUAAACAAUCACCAUAUAAACUUGGUCUAUCAGAGCUACUACCAUUGCUUUAACGCCUUCAGAAAGAUGGGAAGAAUUGAAACGCUUGAUGAGAACGACAAAUUUUGUGAUUUUCUGAGAAAAGUUUUGGAUGAUCAUUUGCUUGUGCUGCCACAUCUCAUGAUGGGUGCUCUAGAAGUGUCGAUCUUGGAGAAAAUGCGACAAGAGCAACUAGAUGAUUUCAUGUCUUCUAUGCUCAGAUCUAGAAUAAGCAGAAGAGUUAUCAUCGAGCAACAUACAACCUUGUCUGAAUCUUUCCAAAACCAAGAUGGGGACACUUUGCAGAGACCACCUAAUUAUAUAGGUGCUGCAUUUCAAUACCUUUCCGCACGUCAACAACUGAUGACGUGCAAGGAUAUUGUAUCAAGCUAUUUGCAAAGUCUUUACCCCGAACUCCAAAUGCCGGAAUUAAUAAUAUAUGGUGAGGACGUCAAGUUCCAGUUCUUGACAAAUCACCUGAACUAUAUAUAUGCGGAGAUUCUCCGGAACUCAUUGAAAUCAACAAUUCAAAAUUUCAUACAUCGCCAUGGAAACCUGAGUCGAGAUGAGGUAAAAAAACUGAAGCCACCUCCUAUAGUCGUGGAGAUAACCCAGACAAAGAAAAACAUGACGUUCAAGUUCUCCGAUCAAGGUGGCGGAAUGUCGUCAAAUAAGCUGAAAAAAGUAUGGUCUUUUGGGAAAUCUCCUAUUUUAGCAGAGGAAUAUCUUGCAAACUUUCACAAAAUGCCUGGCCUCAAUUUCAACUUUUCUUCACCUGUUGUAUCUGAAAGUGCUACCGACUACGGCGAUUUGAGUGAAAUGAUUCAAAAUAUUGGAAAGAUGGAAUCCAGUGGUGAUCACAAACAAAAGUCUGUGCUUAUAUCCUUGGUGAGGCGGCCACUGGAAUUCACGCUAGGAAUUUCAAUGCCUAUGUGCAAGGUUUAUACCGACUACUGGAACGGCGAACUCGACAUGCGUUCUGUUGAAGGUUAUGGGACUGACGUCUUCUUGACGCUGAAAAAACUCGGAAGCGUUGAACGGCCUCAGCUUGAUAAAGCAUAGCGAUAAAACUUGGAGCUCACGGUCUUUCUUGAUAGCACUAAGAUAUUCUCCAAGGUUUAAUAAAUCGUGCGGAUAGAAAAAAAGACGCACUAUAUUUGUGGGCUGUUCUCAAGCUACUAUAUCAAGUGACAAUACCUUAAAUCAUAGCAUUAAAGUCGAUGAUCACAUAUUUUAUUUAUAAUGCAGAGAAUGACUGCACUUGUUCUUUUUGCCGCUUUUUGCGAGUUUUGGGUCACACUGAACACAAGUUAGUCCUAGAAUGACUUGACUACACGUAUCCUCAGCCAAGGGGUAUCCUCAUUCCUUUUACAAUUAUGUGAGUAAGUGUAUUAUUUCUUUGAAAGUCAUGUAGCUUUGACGAAAAAUAGAGAAACUUGUUAGUAAGGUUUCCAAGAUGCCAUCGCUAACUUCAUUUUGAGUCAAGCGGUGC